AGAUGCUGGCUUGUUUGGAAAGGAAACAGAUUAUUCAUAGGGCUGUUGAGUUGAGCUGUCAAAUGGGGAAGAAAGGAAAGGUAAACAAACCUGAAUCCAGAAUCACUUGCUUGUGAAGCAAAAUCAGAAAAGCCUACAUACCAAUGCAAGAAUAAAGAGAAACCCAAGAAACUUUUAGGGGCUUUCAUAUUGGGGGGAGUUUAAAUUUUGUUAAGGGUUUGUUUGUUCCACCUUAUAUAAUAGCUGCAGCCUGCAAGCCUGCAAUGAUAGGAAGAAGAGAACUUGAGUGGCUGUGAGAGUUUGAAUUUCUCCAUCUUUUGCUCUCUCACAUUGGUUUGGUGUUAUAAUUAGUCGAUCAAUUCAACAUCAUCAUUUUGAGGUUUUGAAGAAAUGGAAGGAAGAUUGCUUUGUUUCAUGUUGGCUCUGCAAAUUGUAAGCUGGGUAUCUGCAACAAGCAGGCCUUUAGCACCACAUAACAGUCCUGCAGCUGUUCAUCAAUCAGUCACAGGCCAAAUUCCAAAGUCUUUAUCUUCACUAGUUUCCUUGGAUCCAAAUCUGAGCUUAAAAGAGAGUCCAAGAGAGGCUGCAAUAAAUAGUGAAGAAGCAAUUGGCAGAGGAGGAAGCAGAAUAGGGUCAAGCCCACCAAGCUGUGAGCACAAGUGCUAUGGAUGCACACCAUGUGAAGCCAUCCAGGUGCCUACCAACAGCAAGCACAUCCAUGUUGGUCUCCAAUAUACAAAUUAUGAACCUGAAGGCUGGAAAUGCAAGUGUGGUCCUUCCUUUUACAGCCCAUGAAACUACACUAGAGACCAUUGGAACCAUUGGAUAUAUACAGCUCCAAAGGUUAACUAAGAUGGUCAUUACUCCAGCAUCCCAUUGUACCAAACUACAUUCAUAUUAGCUUUAGGAACAUCUUUGUUGGAAAUUAAUAUUUGUGUUAUUUGCACUUGUAAUGUGAAGAAGCAUAUGAUAUCUUUUGGGACACCUCAUGUUGAAAAUUAUUUAUCAAAAUAAUGUUAUGUAGUUUAU